UCAAAAUCAGAAAAGCCUACAAUAAACCUGAUUAUAUCAGCAGCUCUACAAGGUUUUUGCUUUUGAUCAGUCAGGCUCUGGAGGGAUGUUUCUUUCUUGAUGUGACGAAUAUGAGAGAGAGCACCAGGCAUUGAAAGCAAACGAUUACUAUUGAAGUUUAGAUCAGGAAACUUUCGAUCUAUAUUUGUGACACUCCGAUUGUAUAACCGAAUUCGAAAAAUGAAUUGUGUUAAAUAAUAAAGUUUCAAUUUGAAGAAAGUAACUAUAUAAAUCUGAUUUAAUAAACAAUCUUUUACAGCUUUUUUCUAAACAACAGGGAGUGUUGGUCGUUAUUUGAAAAAAAUUAUCAGGGAAAAUUUAGGAAAUUUGCUAUCGGGAAAAACAUAAAUAUCGAAAAAACGCAGCUGGAAACAGGACACUCUUAGAAGUUUCUUAGAAAUGAUGCAGGGUUGUGGUUUAGGUAAUUUUUUCAGCCAUCGAUCGAAAAUAUGAAUUUUAAAAUUUAGGAUCCUUUACAGGCUGCGCAUGCGGCGAUUUGUCCGCAAAUCUUCUUGGAUUCUAAAAUCAAUUGACAAAUUACGACCUUGGUGGACCCAAUUUUUCUCAAAUUAUCGAAGACCUCCAUUUUCCUACCAAAUCGAAGACACGAAAGUUGGCGCUGGCACACGAAUAGGGCAAUACGAAACCUGGCGUGUUGUUCCGUGAACGAUCAACUAGCCCUUGAAAAGCUCAUACAAAUUCGCGAAAAUCCACACCGAGAAAAAGUGGUUUACUCUCUGGCCAGAUAAUUUGAAAGUCAAUUGUUCACUAGCGAUACUACUUACGUGUGUAGAAAUGGAGGAGAGUAAAAACACCGACGAUAUGUUAGUGUUUGGCUACGGGAGCAAAUUGUUUCGAGACGACGAGAAGGCACUCUGGAUCGAUUCCAAACAGCAUCUGGUGCCCUGGAAUGGAAUGAAAAGUCUGAUGAUAGACAGGUUUGACGUGCGGGGUCUUCUUCUAGACCAGCGGGACUUUGACGCCGACUUUGUGCCUCAUGAUCGGCGCUCGAUUUCGGCAGAUGAAAUGACGAUGGAGAAACUGUGCGAUGAGGAGAGAUAUUUGGCUCUAAACAAGGAUCUACAGGCUGAGAAAGAGAGAGAAGAGGAAGAGUGGAAGCGAUACCAGGAGGCCUUGCAGGAGGGCUUCCACGCCAUAGGUCACGAGUACGAAACCAAAGAGUACGACCCCAUGGAACCCACUGAAGACGAGUACCCAGACACCAUCAACCUGGACGAGCACGUAAAUGGGGUGAGCGUGAGUCAUAUCUCGAGGGAGGAGCAGAAGUAUGCGCCCCAGGCGGAACAGGAGCAAGAGAGCAGUGAACCAAGUGAGGAGACGGAAGGGGAGUCUUCAGAGGAUAGACAACCAUAUGUGAUCCCAAGGGGACUCAUCAUACCACACGAUAUGCAUCUGCCAGAGACAGCUAAACUAGGAGUGGUGAUUGAGAAGACAGCCCAACUGGUGGCCACUCAGGGAGCCCAGAUGGAAGUGCUCCUGAAGACUAAGCAGAGCAACAACGCGUCCUUCCAAUUCCUCAAUUUCAACUCCAUCUUACACCCCUUCUACAUGUUCAUACUCACCAUGAUCAAGAGCAGAAGGUACACGCCUCAACCUCAGCCAGUGGUACAGCCGAGCACAUCAGCAAUUCAUCCGCCUCCACCUCCCAUUGGAAGUGCAGUGACUUCAUUAGUACAUCAAUCAAACAGCUCAUCGUCUAAUAGUUAUCAAAUAGCUAAAUCAGUCCCGAAAGCGAGCGUGGUGAUAGAUCACUCGAACAAGGAUGGAGACAAGUCAGAUGAGUCCGACAGUGACUCUGAUUCAGACUCGGACUCCUCGUCUUCAGGAGGGGGAGGUUAUCUGCACCCUCUGCUUGCUGGCGGAUCACUAUCACCUGUAACAUCGUCUUCAGCCAAUCAGAAGUCAAUCAAGGUUAACAACAACAACAACCAAUCAGAGUCGAAAGAUGACAAGAAUGAAAGCAGAGAAACGAGUAUUGCAACUAAAGACAAAACGAAGGACGCUGAAAGUAAAAAGAGCCAAGCUGAUGAAAUUGAGCGAAGUAGACGUGAUGGUGUGAUGCAGCAGUGUCAUCAACGUGCUCUUACCCGCCUUUACUAUGACGGCCUCUCCCACGUGCCAGUGGUUCCGCCUGCCCCAGACAGACAGCCAGCAGUGGACAGACUGGCGAAGGAGGUUGCCCAACAGCCAGACCCCAAUGCUUACGAAGAGGGGUUGAGACAGGCGCAGAUUGAGGCGAUGAAAGACCAGACUGCAGACAGUGCACAAGAGUAUAUAGAGAAGAGGUUUCUAUGGCCUCAGGAUAGCAAUCACGUGUAUUAUCGGUUCAAGAAGUACUACUUCCUGGAGUGUCUGUCUCUGCUGGGCUGUUGUGACCCGCAGGAGGAGUGGAGGAAGAAGGAAGAGGCGAGAGUGGAGUUGGAGCAGAGGAAGGCAGCUGCAGAGGCUAAGGCGGCUGCGUCACAGCAAAACAACAGCAGGAAGAGACCUAGCUCCACACUGCCCGGACCGAUCAAGUUUUCGAUAUCGCCCGGUGCGAAGAAGCUGAAGGGUGGCGGCGGCGAGUUGCUGUCUAAGGAGAGUGCCCUCCCCUAUGAGUCGAGUGACUCAGGAGAAGAAAAUGAAGAAACAGAAGCGGCCGAGAAUAUAUUACAAGACGAAGAGGAGGAAGAGAAGUCAACGGAGGUAGACAGUAGCAAGUUCAAGCCAAUUGCUUCAUCAAACUCAGACAAAAACGUCAAAGAGGAGACGUCGCAAAGUGAACAAGGCUCGGCGUAUGAAAACGACCCUGAUGCUGCGAUAAGAGCAAUGACAGCUUUCUUAUCGGAGCUGGAAGCCAGGAAUCCAGACCCUUUUGGCAGAAGCGAUCACCACAAAGGGAAUUCAUCGUCGUCGAACAAUUCGCAACCUCAGUCAAACGAACAAGAUCAAGCUCCAAUGAGUGAAUAUGAAAAGGCUCUGCAAGCCGAAAGGAAACGAAAAGCCUCUAUGUUUCUGAUGCGGCUGAAAAAGAACAAUGAAAUUCCAGCCACUAGUAAACCAAAAAUUGCAAAUGAAAUCUCUGAAUCAAGCGGCGAUAGUUCUCUUAAUGACUACAACGAACCUAAUACGGAAUUAGAAAAAAGCGAUUUACAGCCAGCGGAAGACAUCUGAUGAUUGACUUCAGAGUCCCUUUUUAUUUUUUGUGCGUUAUUUAUAAGCUUUAGUUUUGAUACACUGAUUUGAUUUAAUUAAACAGUACCCGCUUAA